AUGGUCCCUGGCAUGAAUGAAAUUACUAUUGUAAAAACUUGUAGGGACCUUGGGAUCGGUGUCGGUGGUUUUUACCAGCCUGGGUACAUUAGUGGAAGAAAACUACAUUUACAGAUGAUGUGUCUCGGUAAAAACUGGGAUCCCGACGCUCACAUGUACACCGAGUUAAGGCCAUAUGAUAAUUCUAAGCCUCCUGGAAUUCCUGAAAAGUUUAGUGAUAUGGUUAAAAAAGCAAUACAAGAUUCAAACGAGUUUAUUCGGGGAAAAAAUGAUAGUACACGAAUUCUCAGGGCUGGCCCUAGUUCAGAUGAAGGUAAAGUUGUUCCUUCGAUGUCACCCGAUAUAUGCAUCGUCAAAUUUUAUACAAAAACUGAUAGACAUGGUCUUCAUCGGGACAAAGAUGAAAGUGAAAAGAGCUUGGAGAAAGGAUUACCAGUUGUGUCAUUUUCGAUUGGUGACUCGGCGGAGUUUUUAUAUGGUGAAACCCGAGCUGUUGGUGAAGCAGAUAAAGUGAUUUUAGAAUCAGGGGAUGUAUUGAUAUAUGGCGGGAAAUCGAGAUUAAUAUUACAUGGUGUUACUAGUAUUCUUCCUGAUACUGCUCCAGCAUCACUUAUGGAAGCAACUAAUAUGUGUCUGGGCCGCUUAAAUCUUAGUUUUAGAAUGUAUUGA